AUGUCGCCAAAAACUGCAUUGCUCAUUCUUGCCGAUGGAGCCGAAGAGAUGGAGGCAGUAAUCACAGCCGAUAUUCUGAGAAGGGGUGGAGUCGAGGUGACCUACGCAGGACUUAACGGACCAAAUCCUGUUAAGUGCUCCAGGAAGACAGUGAUUACACCAGACAGUGCGUUGAAAGAUGUAAUGUCAAAAACAUUUGACGUUGUGAUCCUUCCUGGAGGUCAGCCUGGUAGCAAUACAUUGGCUGGAAGUGACGUUGUCGGGCAGGUGUUGAAAGCUCAUCAUACCGCCGGGAAGUAUGUGGCAGCGAUCUGUGCAGCACCCAUAGCACUAAAAUCCCACUCUAUCCCGGCUGCACUGGUGACAAGUCAUCCGUGUGUUAGGAAGCAGCUUGAAGAUGGAGGAUACAAGUACAGCGAAGAGCGUGUGGUUGUCGCCGACCGUGUGGUAACCAGCCGUGGACCUGGAACAGCAUUUGAAUUCGGCUUGAAACUUGUCGAGUUGCUCGUCGGACACGAGAAAUCGAAGGAGCUGGUGGAGCCGAUGCUUGUGAAGUUGUAA